UAACAUAAAUUAAAAAUGGCGGGGCUGAGGACUUGCUACCGUCUGCGGACCGCUGCUGCAGGCAAAACGGACGCUUUUUUACCGUCUAGCUAGCUUUGAUGUCGGACUUUUUAGCUCAGAAGUAGCGGAGAUGGAGAGGGGGGAGGGGUUACCGUCGUCGGUGGAGGGGUUACGGGUCGAGGUGCUGCGGCUGCGGCAGGAAUUGGAACAGACGUCCCAGGAAAAAAUCCAAGCGGCCGAGUACGGACUGCAAGUGCUGGAGGAAAAACAGCUCAUCCUCCAGCAAUAUGAAGACUUGGAAGCGCUGUUUGAAGUGACUAACAGGGAGCUGGACCUAGCCAAAGAGACCCUGGGGAAGGUGCACCUGACCCAUAAGAAAGUGUCCCAGGAUGGGGAGGACAGAGAGGAGACCCUGCUGAAGGAAACAGCCACCAGGGAGGCCGACCUGGUCACCAGGAUAGCUGACCUGGAGGAGGAUCUCAAACAUGCCAAACAGGUUCUGAGUAACGUCCAGUCGGAGAACGAGAGGCUGGGAGGGCUGAACCAUGAGUACUGCCAGGCCAUCGAGACGCUGGAGAAACAGAGGAAAGGUCUGCGAGACGAGAUCAAGGAGUACAAGUUCCGAGAGGCGCGGCUCAUGCAGGACUACGGAGAGCUGGAGGAUGAAAACAUCUCGCUACAGAAACAGGUGUCUGUGCUGAAGUCCUCCCAGGUUGAGUACGAGGCCCUGAAACACGAGAACAAGCGACUGAUGGAGGAAACAGAGCUACUGAACAGUCAGAUGGAGGAAGCCAUGAAGCUGAAACAGAUUGCAGAGAAACAGCUUGAAGAAGCCCUGACCACCCUGAAGGAGGAGAGGGAACAGAAGCUGAGCCUGCGCCGCGAGCUCAACUCCCUCAUGAGCAUCGACUCCUUCUCCAGCUGGAGUCACGACACUCUCGGUGCCCUCAAUCUCACCUACGACAACGACAAGGCCGCCGCCGCCGCCGCUGCGGGCAGUCGGGGGGACGGUGGCCACGAGGAGACCAACGGUGCCAAGCCGGGGCCCAGCCUCGUCUCAGACCUCCUCAGCGAACUUCACAUGUCGGAGAUCCAGAAGCUGAAGCAGCAGUUGAAGCAGGUUGAGAUGGAGAAGGCGGCCCUGAUGAAGACUUUGCAGGAGUCUCAGCAGAAACUGUCCGAGCAGGACUUAAAGAUGUCUGAGAUGACUGCGGAGAUCGAAGGCACCAAGAAAAAGGUUGACCACGAGAGCAAAGAAAUGUUGCAGGCGAAAUUGAGGACCCUGGAGUCAGAGCUGAAGAUGUUUCAGGAGAGUCAGGAAGACGAGGACAGGAGACACAAGUCCAGGUUCAGCGAGAUGCAAGCUCAGAUGUCUGCUCUGAACAAGAGGAACAUCGAAGCAAGACAGGAGUGGGGUUUGAGGCAGUCCGCAUCCGUCAUUCAUGGGUUGGAGGCUCAAGUCUCGCAACUCCACAGACAAAUGCUUGAAAGAUUACAGACCAUCCGCCAGCUGGAGGACAGGCUGUGUUCGACGAGCGAGCUGGCUAGCGAGGGCCAGAGCAGCAUCAACAUGACACAGGACGAGCUGGUGACGGUUAGCGAGGAGCUCGCACAACUGUACCACCACAUCUGCAUGGUGAACGGGGAGACGCCCAGCAGGAUCAUGCUGGAUCACAUGAGAACUGCCAAGGGAGCCAGAAGGAACAGUAUGAAGAAGGAGAGAAAAAGUCACGGUCACAGGUUGAGAGCGGGAUCGAUGCCCAUCCUCUCAUCCCGUAACGGUCACGGCAGGCAGACCAGCCCCACGCUGGCCCGCAGAAACAGCAUGGCGGAGAUCAGGCCUUCCGGCCUCAGCACGCCCGACCCCGCAGCGCACCGACGAAGAGGCACCGACUCCCCUCCGUCCAGCCCCGAGAGCCCCACGUCCGAGACGGGACCCGAGGGGGCCGCCGCACAGAACGGGGAGGUCAAGGGAGACCCCACCACGUGCUACAACUUGCUGCAAACCGUCAGGGACCAGAUUAGGCACCUCAAGCGUGCAAUCGACCACAUGGUGGAGGUUGCGCGCCAGCGGUCGCCAGUGGAUUCCUCGGAUGCGAUGGACAAGGCCGAGCUGCAGGAACAGGUGCUGAAGCUGAAAUCCCUCCUCAGCGCGAAACGCGAACAGAUCGCCACGCUACGCACGGUGCUGAAGGCGAACAAACAGACGGCCGAGGUGGCGCUCGCCAACCUCAAGAGCAAAUACGAGUCGGAGAAGUCCAUGGUCCACGAGACCAUGAUGAAGCUUCGUCAGGAACUCAAGGCCCUCAAGGAAGAUGCGGCCACUUUCUCUUCCUUGCGAGCAAUGUUCGCGAGUCGCUGCGACGAGUACGUGAGCCAGCUGGACGAGAUGCAGAGGCAGCUGGCGGCCGCGGAGGACGAGAAGAAGACGCUCAACUCCCUGCUGCGCAUGGCCAUACAGCAGAAACUGGCGCUCACACAGAGACUGGAGGACCUGGAGUUCGACCGCGAGCAGACCAAUCGCGUCAAGAGGUCCAGCUCCAUGCGGAUGUCGUCGCGAUACGGCGGCACCACCACCAAAUGUUAGAAGUCAUGCAUGUCAGCAGCCAUCUUUGCAUGUGCAUGGGCCCUGUGGACCGAUCCACCCGCUGGUCACCCCCUCAUCUAUGAUGGUUUCUUCCGAGUGGGAGGGGGGCAAGGAAAUGUACUAUAGCAUUGAAUUUCGUGACUCUUAAACUAACACUUUUGGUGGUAUUGUAUAUUAUCGUCUCUUAACUAUAGAAGUGCAUUUGUUCAAUGUAUUGUAACAAUACUAAUUAUAUAAUGGAAUAAUGGGUAGGCCUUAGAAUAAGUCAUAUUCACAUUCCAGUUAUGUGGUAUAAGUGUUCUAAUACACGUAUAUAAAGCAUGUUUAUGAGAGCAUGCUUGUUAGCCUUUUAUUGAAUGGCUUGUUUGGCUUGGUAAUGGUCAUUAACACAGAAACGUAUUACAAGUUUGUGUGUCUAUUCAGACUAAGUAAAACAGCUCAAAGUAUUCCAGCCAAACCAAUCGUGAUCCCACCAAUCAACCUGUAAGUGUAAAUGAAUUUUUUCUUCCAAAGCCUAUAUUCUUAUUUUUACACAUAUAUAUUCAACGCAAUCUAUGUUUUGUAUUAUUUUUAAAGAAAUUGGCAAUUUACAUUGUUAUCAAAUAUUUGCAAAUGCUUACGGUAUCAAAAUAUCCAUUUAUAAGCCAAUAUUGAUCAUCUAUUUAUAUGAAGUACAGCACUUCUUGCAAAAAAAUUAUGCAGUAAUAUGUUGCAGUUAUUUAUUCAUACUACAGCAACUACUCAUUUUCUAUCAAUGUUUAAUAUUCAGAUUUUGAACUCUACUGAAAGAAUAUGUGAGCACUUGCUUAUACUUUGUUAUAAACAGUUAUACGAGAUCCUAGGAAAGCCUAGUUUAUAUAUUGUUACUAAAGUCCAGUCCUUUUGGUAGUAGAAAGGGCAUUUUUAGUGCUGCAUGUUUUGGCGACGCCUCAGGGGCGGAGCCGUCAGUAUAUUACAUCUAGAUCUUCCAUGUUACGUUGUAUAACAAAGUACAGUAUAUGGGUACUGGUAAAAAAGGUUUCAACCACUAUUAUCUAAUAAGCUGUUCUUUGGUAUCUUUCAGUGGAAAUCUUCGAUUAUUAUAAGAUGCAAUUAAGUGAACUAGGGUAUUCUUUGAUUCUUGAAAUAGUUGAACUGUUAUUUCAACAGUUAUGUAUUCUUUGAUUGUUUACCAGUGUAGCAUGUAUGGUAAACCGUGUGAUCAAAAUGCCAGUAUAUUUUAUGUAUGAUAUUUGCAUUAUUACGCAGUGUUGUCAUAGAAGUCACUGGUAAUGAUGUUAACAAAAGACAUUGAAAGAUUUUUUUGUGAGGGGACAACAUUAAAUGUGCCCUUGUUGGUGAGUUGUCCAUUUCAGAUUAGGCAAUAGUUUCUAUGAAAUGCCAUUAGUACUGGAUACGGUAUUGCAAGUGGUGGUGUAUUACCAGAUUGGUGAUUAUGUCCAUAGCCAUCGUGUUAUAUUCUAACAUCUAUAUAAUGUCAUAACUAUUUUGAAAGAAAGUAUGGUACUAAAUGCUUGUCUAACAAGGUUGACAGGUGAACGUUCAGUAAGUGAAUUAUUUUGUUAGCAUGGUUUUAAAAGGGAGCCGCCACCACAAUGGUGUCUGCUCUCAGAUUUCAGAUUGCAAUACUUAUGAAAUGUCAUUAUUUGAUAUAUCCUAUAGCGUAUUUCUGAAUACUCCAGUAUACCUCCUGUGCCAUAGCUGUGUGAUGAUUGGUACAUGAUUUUAUGGUCUUAUUUAGUAUAUUACAGUAAUAUGUUAUUGAAUGGCGCUAAUCCAGAUGUGAAAUAUGUUACAAAACCGAUGCACAGAUCAUAUAUGAUGCUGCCACGAAGACGAUUUUCCAUCUAGUCAUGUUGUUCACAUGUAAUUAUGUCAAUUGUGUGACACUUUGGGAUUCUUGCUUGCUGUUACAUUGUCUAUUAUUGUAUUCAAGUAGGUAAGGACUCACCUAUACUAUACUGUAACCUUCAUAGCAACCUGCAGGGCUUGACAUUGUUGGAAUACUGUGAAAUGUUUUCUACUUGUAUAUUAGAAUUCAAGCUGCCAGUCAGCUAAUCAAAAUACUGAUAUACAAUCAGAAAACAUAAGUAGAAUUGUCAACAUUUUCAAGCAAAUGUGUUAUGUUUGCCUUCACAUGGUCUAGUGUAACAAGCUACUGCCCGGUUUGUUCUUUCUCAAACAAAGACCAGCCCUGUCCUUCCACUUGCUACAUUAUGAAAUCGAACAUCACAGGAGGUCUGCAAGCACCUCCAGUAACCAUGGUGACAGGCGUCUGAUCGAGGUCAUUGCCCUUAUUUGUUUGGAAAGGGAAGAGAAGAAGAAGAAACGGAGCAAAAACAAAAUUCCCACCUUUUGUGAAGGUAGACAUAAUAAACCAAAGCCCUGAAACCUGCUAUGAAGGAUAACUAUUAUAAAGGGAUGACUACGAUGUUGCUUACUUGUACUAACGUCAUGCUUUGUACUUGCAGUGCUUUUUCUGAUCAGUGUUAUCAAAGUACUGGCAGCUGUAGAAGAAGCAAUGAUGUGUUAGGUAGUAAUACACUUCACCACUGACUAGGGCUGUGUACCUAAUGUCCAUACCUAUGAAAUAGUGUAGGUACAUGUACAGGUAUGUACAGGUGUACCUGGACCUGAGUAAACUGAAAUACUAGUGGACACCAAUUUUAAGACUUAGGUCUUUAAGAUGGGUAAAUUCCUUGUCAACGAGGACUGUUGUGGCAGUCCUACGGUUAAAGAACUUGCAAGAAUAUUGCUUUGAGAUACAAUUAUUCAAAAGAGAGUUGGUUACUUGUAUGACUUACAGAUAUUUGAGCAAACUUGUUUAAGCCCGGACCUUUACCUAAAUUACUGUACCUGUAUCUGAAAUAUGUUUAGGUACACAGUUCUACCACUGACUGUUUUUGACAGAGAUGUUGUCACAAUUGCGAGCGUUUGUUAUGCACGAGUAACUAGGGGCACGACUUGUUGCCAAAAAGCGAUGAAAUACGCGCUCACGAGAUGUACAUGGCCCAAUUGACUAAGAACACAAAAAGGAAAGAAACUGAUAUAAACCUGGGUAUUCUCUGGGAAUUGUGCCUUGUAAUAUGUUUCACUGCAUACCAAGUCUAUACGUAAGAAAGAUGUUGGCCCAUACUUGAUGGGUACAAAAAUGACGCAUUUUUGAAGUUGCUAAAAGAUGAAGCGUUUGUUUGUUUUCUAACCACCGGUGGCGACAAGAAUUUGCCCAUGUACAGGAGGAGCUUUAGGGGGUUAUGAAAGCAUCAGAGUUGCCAUAUUUGCUGUUUGUUGCAAGGAAAUGGUGUUCGGUAGACAGUAAGUGUAAGGAAUGUCAUGAUUUUGCACAACCUCGUAUACUUAACACUGCAAGCAUGCACACAACCCAAACAUUUUCAACAACCUGGGGUAAAAGAUAGGAUGCUUACUAGCAAAGCUGAUAUUUAUGUAAAGAAAGAAAAACGUCCAAUGAAACAAUUGUCUAAGAUAUUUAUUACAUAGACUGGCCGUAUAUAGAGACAAAGCAUUUUUAUAUUUCCACAGCGAAAGUUAUUGGGUAAAUCAAGGCACAAUUUGUAUCAAAGUACCACUGAACCAUGCCUUUCUAGUCCUUUUGAUGUCACAAGAGACUCGGAGGACGGACGAGAACCUCCUAUGUAGUAGAGAACUACGUAACGUGUUCUUACCCAAAAUUUUGAUAAACAAACAAAAAAAAUAAAGGAAUAUUAGAGGUGUA